AUGAUAAAGACAAAAUAAAUAAUAAAAUUAUACAUGAUGAAUAAAUUGACGAUUCUACCAAUAUUUUGCAUUUUUCAUCAAACAAAUGCUUAGAUUGUAAAAAAAUUUAAAGUUAUAAAGAUAUAUCUAACUCUUAAUAAUCUUCAAAUGGAUUUGAAAGUAAUUAAAGCUAAAAUGAUUAUGGAAACAAAAGCCUAAAAAAAUCAUAUUUCGAAGAUUUUUAAAAGUAAAAAGCUUCACUUUAAGAAUAGAAAAUUUUAAACAAAAGCAGUACUAAGAUAAGCUCACCUAAUUUAAAAAAUCAUAAGAAAUUAUAAUAUGAAAUUAACUAAAUUUUAGAGAACGAUGAAGAAACCAGCAACAAUGACAAAAUUGGUACUUCUUCAAAAUCAGAAACUAGUAAACUUUAAUCUAAAUCUAACAGCUAAAGUUAAAAAGAAAUACCUUUCCAAAAUGUAUAAAACAGGUUAGCAAAUUAAACUAGUUAAAAUAAUUUGUUUCUUUUUCCAACAAGUUAAAAUUAGCCCUAUUCCUUAAUUGAAAAUGAUUUUUAAUUUAAACUAAAAGAAUUUCACAGUGAUUAAAACUUAAAUCAAUCUAAUCAUUCAAACCAAAACACUCAAAUAUAAGUCCACUAAGAUAAACUAACUUUAUUUAAUUUAAAUGAUAUAUUAUUCACUGAUGAAUAAAGAAAUAAUUAGCAAAUUAAUGAUGAAAAUAAAAAUAUAAAAACAAAAUCAAGUGAAUAUUUAUUUCAUUUAGGAAUUCACGUGUCUCUCAAACAAUUCAUAUUAAAUUCAGAUAAAAAAUUAAAUAUUUAUCUCUCUUAAAAUAAAUAUUUAAAUUAAAGCAAAAAAAAAUAUGUGUCCUAAAAAACCAUACAAAACUAUUUGA